AUGCUGCAUUGGACCAUCACGUCACGCGACGCCCUCAAGCUGGCCGUGGAAGAGCGGAGCAGCACGGGCGCGGGUGGCGGCGGGUGGCUCAUGCUGGCGUGGGCGCGCAAGGGGCAGCCCUUCCCCAGCGACGCCAUCUUCGGGAAUCUCUUUGGGCGGCGUACCGUGGCAGCAUUCACCAUCAGCGGGCCAGGGGCGGCAGGGGCACAACCGGCGUCGUUCACCCUGGGGCGGACGGCAUUUGGCACAACCUUCAAUGGCGCCAUCAUGAAGUUCUCUCGGCAGAGAUCAGACGGGGCGGUGCCAGUGAGCUACUACGGCAGGAACCGCCUGCUGUGGGCCUUCACCACCGACUCCUCCGCCAACCCCACCCUCCCGCCCUUCUACCGGCUCAUGCUGCACUGGAAGCUUCUCACCACAACGAGCGCCGCCUUCUGCCUGCAGGCUAAGUCGGGCACGGCAGCAGCGGCAGGGGGGUGGGUGUCAGUGGCAUGGUCAAGGGGCGGCGCCAUGGUCCCUGCUGACGCUGUCAUUGGCGCCCCUGGGGGCGCCGCCAAGACAUAUGCCAUUACGAGCUACAGCUCCGUGGAUCCCACCUCUCGGUUCGGCAUCACGGGAGGAUCUGUGAACUCGGGCUUUAACGGCGUGCUGCUCAAGUAA